GGACGACAGAGACACAGGACCAUCAGAAGGGAGAAGACUGACUGACGCCCAUCAAGACAUCACUGCCACAGCUCACCAUGGUGUCCUUCAGGGGAACUGUUUUCUUCUUCAUCGUCGGCUUUGCCGUGUCUACCCCGAUCUCCAAACGGCAGGCUGAACAGAGUACCGAAGAGGCGUUCAGCUGUGAGGGCAGGUCUCCAGGCAUGUACAGUGACCAUAAGAACUGCUCCAUGUACUACGAGUGUGUGCUGGGCCAUCCCGUGUAUCACCGCGCAUGUGCGCCUGGAGGACCCGUGUUCGACGAACAAGACCAGAUGUGUGACUGGCCAGAGAACGUGGCGCCACCUUGCGGGACCCAGAGGAUGGUUACGGAGGCGCCCGACCCUUUCACGUGUGAGGACAGGGCCCCCGGUCUGUACGCAGACCUGCUUAACUGCAGUAUGUACUGGGAGUGCGUGGUCGGACAUCCCGCCUACAACCGGCCCUGUGCGCCUGACGGACUCGUCUUCAACAGUCUACUGGGGGUGUGCGACUGGCCCUACAACGUCGUCGGUACAUGCGGGACCAAACCUGACUCGCGUGAUACGGGCGACGCCAUGACAGGCUCUGGAAACGAGAUGGACGAUGCAGGCUCUGGGGACGAGAACACCGAAGAAACCGUCGAAGUUUUCAGUUGUGAUGGGAGAGCCGAGGGCCUGUACUCGGACCCUAGCGACUGCUCCAUGUACUACCAUUGUGCCGCGGGCCACCCUCCCUACCACCGCCCAUGCGCCCCGGGAGGGACCGUCUUUGACGAGCAAGACCAGAUCUGUGAUUGGCCCGAGAACGUAGCGCCACCUUGCGGGACAGAGACGAUGCCUCCACCCUUCACGUGUGCGGACAAGGUCCCGGGCAGCUACACCGACCCGCAGAACUGUGCCAAGUUCUACCAGUGCGUGUCCGGCCACGCCGAGCCGAGCCACCGGGACUGUCCCGCGGGAGGACUCGUCUUUGACGCCGAGCUGAUGAUCUGUAACUGGCCGGCGGCCGUCAUGGCUCCAUGUGGGUACAAAACUGAGUAGAUGCCAGGAAGACACCAAAAAAAAAACCAGGAAGCCCUCAGCAAUCCUUCCUGUAUGUCUUGUGGCAUGACGAUAUCGUCGUUGUUUGUGUAGCUUUUAUGGAACGAUGCAAAUACAUCGUAACAAAGCUUUUAUCGUGUUCCAUAGCAAUAACGUUAUUAGUGGCCGCUGGUCGGUCUGAAUGUUUUGGACGUCUUCGUUUUUUAAGUAAUGGCGUUUAUUUGAGAAUUUGCUUUAUCUGUGAGAUUUUACACUAUUUUGCAAUAAAGAGUUAACCAUUGUAUAAUAUUGUGUUUCAACUGUCUGUGGAAAAUUACUUUAAAGUUAAAGGCAUAAAAACUAAAGAUGUUAGUUACUGUACUUAUUAUUCAUUUCGUAUGGUUAAGGUUCACCGGUUCAAAUACAGUAAAAUUGAGUCAAACAGAAUAAUUGACCAGGGGAAUUUAGCAACCGUACAGUUCAUCCUCCCUCGGGCUGAUUCUACCUGUUAUUAUUUUCCUUACGAAACGAGCAACCGUUCUCCGUCAGCGACAUCGCAUUUUGCCUCACGAAUAUAAGUAUGCUAUGGGAUAGAGUUGAUUCAACCUCAAACUACAUUAAAAAAUUAGCAGAAAAUUGACUUUAAAAA